GCGCCGGUGAACAAACAUGGCCCAGGCUGCGCGGGCGCUGUGGCCCUGCGGGCGCGCUCUAGCCUGGGGGCUGGCCCAUCGCCCCCCGCCCCGACUUCCCGUGCAGGGCCGGGCCGGCUUCGCGGGGACGGCGGGAGGGCCCGCCGCCACCGCCCGCAAGGGGAGCUCGCGGCUCCUAGGGGCGGCGGCGCUGGCCCUGGGGGGCGCCCUGGGGCUGUACCACACGGCGCGGUGGCACCUGCGCGCCCAGGACCUCCGCGCCGAGCGCUCGGCCGUGCAGCUCUCCCUGACCGGCCACCUGCAGCUGACCCUGUACCAGUACAAAACGUGUCCCUUCUGCAGCAAGGUCCGCGCCUUCCUCGACUUCCACGCCCUGCCCUACCGGGUGGUGGAGGUAAACCCCGUGCGCAAGGCCGAGAUCAAGUUCUCCUCCUACAGGAAGGUGCCCAUCCUGUUGGCCCAGGAAGGAGACAGCUUGGCACAGCAGAUAUGCCUGGCACAGUGCUUGGCACCUGUUACGUAGAUCUGAAGUCCAUCCUGCCCCUCGGUGCCCGGGAGGCCAGGCGGCAACAACUGAAUGACUCCUCUGUCAUCAUCAGCGCCCUCAAGACCCACCUGGUGUCGGGGCAGCCCCUGGAAGACAUCAUCACCUACUAUCCGCCCAUGAAGGCCAUGAACGACCAGGGCAAGGAGGUGACCGAGUUCUGCAACAAGUACUGGCUCAUGCUGGACGAGAAGGAGGCCCAGCGAAUGUACAGUGGGAAGGAGGCGAGGACGGAGGAGAUGAAGUGGCGGCAGUGGGCGGACGACUGGCUGGUCCACCUGAUCUCCCCCAACGUGUACCGCACGCCUGCCGAGGCCCUGGCCUCCUUCGACUACAUUGUCAGGGAGGGCAAGUUCGGGGUCGUGGAGGGUGCUGUGGCCAAGUACAUGGGUGCAGCUGCCAUGUACCUCAUCAGCAAGCGGCUCAAGAGCAGGCACCACCUCCAGGACGAUGUGCGUGUGGACCUCUAUGAGGCCGCCAACAAGUGGGUGGCAGCCGUGGGCAAAGACCGGCCCUUCAUGGGGGGCCAAAAGCCGAACCUGGCUGAUCUGGCUGUGUAUGGCGUGCUGCGUGUGAUGGAGGGCCUGGAGGCCUUCGACGACCUCAUGCGCCACACCCACAUCCAGCCCUGGUACCUGCGGGUGGAGAAGGCCAUCGCUGAGGCCCCGCACUGAGCUGAGCGUCCCAGGACGAGAGGCAACGGAAGAUGCUGGCUGCCUGGCAAUGCUGUGUAGUGGCAACAGGCUCUUUCUGCCCCUUGUCGACCCCCAGCCCUCUCCCUUCUAACACUGGACGCCUGCUGGGGCGCUGGGACGUUGGGGACAAAGCCCAGAAUUUCCGUUCACACUCCCCCUGAGGCCCGGAGGGCCACCCACCUGACCCCCUGCCCUGGCUUCCCUACUCUUCAGCCGUUUUCCAGGGCCCUCCGUGGCUGCCCUGUCUACCCCCUGCAGGUGGCAUUUGGACCAGGCUCCUGCCCUGGACAAGGGAAGUAGGGACAGUCAGUUUAGGGAGGGCUCAUCCCUGGCUUCCCCUGGUUCCUGCUCUUCCCAGGCGCCCCUGGGACUAUGUGUCAUGUUUGCAAUAAAGAAACGGUUUGUGGCCCCCCUCGGGGGUGCUGUGAAAGGGA